UUAAAGUGGAGGAGCUACCUAUCCUAUAGAUCAAGACCCCAACAAGGGGUAAAGGACACUACUGUUGAUUUCCCUUCCUUCGAUUCCUAUCUGGGUUUUGAGUCAUGCAACUGUGUUGGGGGAGUAAUCAUACGAACAUUCAUUGAGGAGUUGAGCUUAGAGGGUUUAGGAAUUUGAUUUUUUUUUUAGCAAGAGAUGGAGAUUGGUCAGGAAGGUGGUGUUACUGUUAGCGAGGAAACGCGUAUGGAACUGGAUCAGAAUACGGUUAUGUCUGAGUCCAUAGAGGUAACGUCCAAGCUUUGUGGUGAAGUGAGCUCGAUUAGGUCUGAGUUGAUGACUGAUGUAAAGCCUAAGAUUUAUGGUGGCAGGCCUGAGGGUAUUGGAGCGAGCUCGGUUAUAACUGAGGUAAAGCCUAAGCUCUGUGGUGGCAUGUCAGCAAAUUUUGACGGUGCUGUGAAAGAGUCAGAACCUGUUGUUUCUAAGCCAGUGGAAGAUCCGACUGGGUCUGUCGCUUGUCUCACCAUGAAUUUGGAUGAACCAGAGUUGAAGAAAACAGAUUUGGGUUUAGCUUCUUCUAUAGAAGUAGGGUUGGAGAUGGUUAAUUUGACGGUGGAUGAUGAGGAGAAGGGGGAAACUAGUUCUGCUGAGUCUGAGAGCGAAACCUCUAGCUCUUCUUCCACCUCUAGUGCUAGUAGCAGCAGUGAAGAUGAGAGUGACGAGGAAGAAAGUAAUAAGGAAAAGAAGUUUGAGGAUCAGAUGGCCAUGGGGAGAGAUAUGGAAGGAGAACUUGAAGAGGGCGAGAUACAGAGUGUAGAUGAGGAGCAUGAGGUUGAAGAAUAUGAUGAUGACGAAGAUGAGGUGGAUGAGAUGGUUGCUUGGAGCUAUGAUGAGGAUGAUGAGGACCUCGGUUGUCAAACGAAAGAGCCUACAAGGACAAAGAAUGAGCUCAAGGAGCUUCCUCCAGUUCCACCUGUGGAUGUCACCCUGGAACCACAUCAUGUCACGCUUCCUCUUGGAGUUGUUCUUUCGGUAAUGAGCACACAAGUAAUAGUUGGGGGAAUGGAAAAGCAUAGUCCCUUGGCUGAAGGUUCUAUCCUAUGGAUAACGGAAAGAAGAACUCCCUUGGGGCUUGUAGAUGAGAUCUUUGGACAAGUUGAGUGCCCUUUCUAUAGUGUGAGGUUCAAUUCAGAGAACGAAGUGCCGGAGGGGGUUAGUGAAGGUACACCUGUCUCAUUCGUCGCUGAGUACGCUCAGCAUAUUCUCAAUAUCAAGGAACUGCAGAAGAAAGGUUACGAUGCGUCUGGAGAUAACGACGAGGAGAUAUCAGAGGAGGUUGAGUUCUCAGAUGAUGAAAAAGAAGCCGAAUGCAGAAGAUUGCGGAAGAUGGAAAAGAGAGAGAUGAUGAAUGACCAGAAAACCGGUAACACAAGAAAAAAGAAGAAGAAAAAACAAGACCGAGAAAGGUUUACAAGCAGUUACUCAGGGGAAUUGACAGAGAACCAUGGGUCUAGUUCUUUAUCCUCAAACCUUUCUGAUCCUCAAAUGGGUGGUCCUGUUUCAAAUCAUCAGCCCCGACCUCAGAUGGAGGGUUUUCCUCCAAACGGUGGAGGAUGGAGACCCCAGCAGAACUCAUAUCAGCUUCCUCCUAUACCUAAUCAGAUGGUGAUGCCCAAUCUACCACCACCAAUGCAGAUACCUUUGAUGGCAAUGCAAAAUCAAAUGAUGUUCCAACCACAGUUCAGUGGUGGCCAGUUGCCAAUGGCUAGUGGGCCGGGUGGCUUAAACUUUUUUCCAGGACAAGCUUCAGAGCCAUGGCCUUCAUUAGUUGGUCAGAACUGUUUCAACCAACAACCGUUUGGGAUGGGUCGUGGUAUUCAGCCACCGCAGUUACUGAAUGAGCUGUUUUUUAAUCUGUUAGCUUCUCAAGGUCUUCAGAUGCAGCGACCACAGUCUCCUAUGAACCCACAGUUCCAAAUGCUGAACAACAACAUGCCACAGUUUCUAGUGAACCCGCAAUACCAAGUGUUGAACAACAACAACAGGCCACAGUCACCAAUGAAUCCGCAGUUCCAAAUGCAACUACAGUCUGAAACACAUCCACAAUCUCAAGCCAUGCAGUCACCAACUAACACACAGUCACCAGUGCAACAACGGUCUCAAGGGUUUAGCACCGGACAGUCUUCUGCACGAGGAAGAGGCCACCGUGGUCGGUUUGGACGUGGGCGAGGUUGUGGUCGGCAACAGUCUGGCUGAGUCGAUUUUGUGAAGCCUUUUGAUGUGUGUUGAAAGCAAGUUUUAUUUUAUUUUGUUUUGUAUGACAGUUUUUCUAUGUGGUAAAUUAAUCAACUCAAUUAAUAUUUAUAAUCCUUUUUCUGAAACUAGAACCUGAUGCUGAGAGGAGCUUGUUCAAACAUAGUCUUUAGACAAGCUUAAGAGGAAAG